AUGCCGCGUUCAAGUACUUCAACGACGGUGGCAACUUCUCCCUACGGGACCCAGAGACAGGUGAGACUUUCGUUACACCUGGUGGUGAGCAGACCUGAAGUCUUCGCACGACCAGACAGAGUUUGCUUCCUGUACCUCCUGUGCUGCAAGGCGAUAGACCUUGAUGCUGUAGACUCCUCCGGCGACACCGCUCUGCAUAAAGUCGUGCGCUAUAGUGGAGCUUAUCGAAUGAUCGUCUGUCUUCUAAGAUGUGGUGCUGACCCGGAAAUCAGGAACAGAGACGGUAAAACACCGGAAGAAAUUCUUCAGACAGAACAACCAGAUGGAUGGGAGGAAAACCUUCAUUGGCUUCGGAAGUUUUUACCAGGGAUCUGGCGAGCGGUGCUGGCUGACGACCCUGACCUGCACCUCGUGGAGUGCUUGCUGAAGAGCUGGUGCCGCCUGAGCAAGUGUGUCGGUGGCGAUUACGCAUCACUCAAGUGCAAGGCCCACGGAAGGGAGUGCAGCCUGAAUGUCAUUCUCUUGCUGGAGAAGUACGAAAAUACCAUCGAACUAGCUUUGGCCAUGCUGGCCGGUAAAGACAACGUCAUCAGACACUGGCGAGAAGAAGGUAUAAUUAGAAGCAUCGACAUCAACACAAAGGACUACUCCUACCAGUAUAGCUAUCGGGACUAUCCUACAGCUCCUCUGCCGCUCCUAGCCUCGGUUUGGGAGACAAACAGCUACAGCAUGGUGUCAGAAUUCUUGAGUCUUGGUCCCGACACAAACGUGCCUUUCAAGUUUGAGCCUGAAGCCCAUCACAUGAUGAAGCCAUUGUUUUUCUACUUGAUUCACCCCAAGCUAAAGCCACCUGACGAGCGUAUAGUUUGCUGCAUACUGAUGAGAAGUGACCUUGGAGCUCGCAACACUCUCGGCCAGACAAUAUUAUUUGAAGCUGUGCAGCAUGAUGUCUCUGAAAAGUUGUUCAGAUUUUUACUCGAGCAAGGCUGCAAUGUGGCAGCCAGAGACAGGUAUGGAAGAACUGUGCGAGACUACUGUGACGAGCUGGGAAAGACUUCAUACAUAACACUCGUCGAUGAAUACGUCGCCAGUCUGGUCGCCGACUGCAACAUCAGUUUGCUGGAGAAACUUAUAUUACAAGGCUACGAUCGCGUGACUGACCUCAAAGCUUCACACGACGGCAAAACGUUCGGUGGUCAAGAAUCGAAGCAGUUAAAUGAACUCUUAGCAGAGGCAGGCAAGAAACAGAAGAAAGUCAAAGAGAUGUUUGAGGCCGUUAUAGGAGGGUGUUUACUGAAGUCGCGAAGGGUGGUCACCCGAAAGCUGGCCUGCGCGCAGGACAGAGGAGGGCGAACUGUCCUUCACCAUGCAGUCGAAAAGUCUCACAGGAACCUGGUGGAGUACAUCGUGGGCGAGUUUCCGCAGAUAAUAAAUAUUCCCAACAACAUGGGACAAACACCUUUACAUUACGCCUACCUGUUCAUGCACAAAGACGACACACCUGAGUACCUAAUCAACAAGGGAGCUAACAAGGAGGCAAAAGAUGUGGAAGGCUGGGUACCUUCAGAUUAUGUGCGGGAGACCCAGAAGGUUCGUGAUCUUGAACUUGACGUAUUCCUAUCUGGAACCAACUUUGAUGCGGCUUUUUACGAAGCUAUCAGGGAAGGUGCACUGAAGCGAGUGGAGGCCCUGGCGAUCAGACUGAGGGAUCACGGCGGUAUGAGGCGCUUCAGCAGGGCCUUGUUUGAGUGUCUCGACCACGGCCAUGAGGACAUCGCCUGCAUGCUUAUUAAGCUCGGAUUCAACACAGACUCUUAUAAAGAGUAUGUGAUGUGCGACCCAGACGACCCCAUGUGUUCGAUGAUGGAGUGUUCUCACUCCACCACAUCAUUUCGCCAGCAGGCUGAGCUUGUCCGAGCCAGCAAGGUGCUUCAGUUGAUGGAUGACAUUGCAGGUGGCAAGGUUAAGGUACAGAGUCGAAGUAGCUGCAUGGGACGCUGUUUACGCCCAACGCUUACGGCUGACUCCGCUAAAUAGCAAGCGAUGGCCAGUUGUCCGUUCGUCCGGCAAAUGAUUGACAUAACUCUAGUGGUCAGGGCAGGAAGAUUCAGAAACUUGACAUCCAUUUGAUGUCUUUCAUCUCCAGAUCGUCUGUAAAGGACAUGAUGGCGUACGCACCAUGUUGACCGUUAUGGUGUCAUUUGAGAUUAGUGCCGCAUAAAUGCCAUGAGGUCACGAGGUCAUAUAUCAAAUGGUGACAUUUGAAGUGCUUAGAGUUGUGUUCACAUCACUCAUCACUUCACGAGGUGACAGUCGUCAGUGCCCUGCUUAGUCAACUAUAACGACCAGUUAAUUUUUGUUACUUUAAUUCUAAAAGAUGCUUUACUGCUAAAUAUUUUGAGCAUAAUACACAUCUUUUCGGUAAAAUGAAAAGUCUAAAUAAUGAAAAGAAUAUAUUUUUCUGUUACUUUCAAUAAGAACUGCUUCUGCUGCUGUUAAUGUGCCUGUUACUCUGUUUUGUUUCUUUCUGCAUUAUUUUAAGAGGAUGUAUGGGGAUUUGUUUUCUCAAAGAGAGCACAAAACUGCUACUUCUAUACCUGUUCAAACUAACCCCACAGUUUAACAGAUCGCCUUUCUACAGCCAUUAAUAUUUUUUUCGAUGAGCUUAGAGGCCAUUGAAAGUACUGAAGAGUUUUUGUAGAGGUCUGGCCUCAGUUGUAUGUGUUAUUUACAGGUCCAUGGAGUGGACUAGACACUGCAGGUCUUUGUUUUACUAGGACAGCAGGAUCCUCUUUAGCCCGCAACCAAUCUGUGUUCUUGCCUGUUAUUACAUCUACCGAACUCUAUAACAUGCUAAUAAAGCGACCGUUACUUAGUCGUGGAUACCAAACUGCUGUAGAACUGCUUUAAAACUGUUUAACAGUCUUUCAUGAGGCUUCAAGAAGGGAAGUCAUUGGAAGGAAAAACAAAAGUUUGCUCACUAAACUUUAUUUUUUUAUCUAACGGUGCGAUAUAUAAUCAGAGUGUCUUUGCAUCGUCAAUAUUGGGAGGAAUUUGCAAACUGAUGUUAUCAGUGGAGCUUUAACACUCGUCAUAUUGUGUUGGAAUUGUUGAGUCACCUUUUUACUUUCUUGUUCAGUUGUGUGAUACCUUGGCUCAGUAGGCCAUCAGAGAAAAGGUCAGCUAAGAUUACUUAUAGCUCUCUCAGUUCCCCCGAGGAUGCUUCAGAAGUUUAUGCCUCGGCCAGAGAAGUAGUAUCUCCGAGGGGAUGUGAUUUAGCACCAAACGCCAUUGAACUUGUCACCAUAGAAACAGAGUGUUGGUCUUUGGCUGUCGUUGUUUUUAUGACUAUUCUCGUUGUUUCAAUAUCAUUAUUGUUUUCAUACUGUUUGCGCAAUUUUUGAAUGCUAGGCUUCUUCAGACGCAUAAGUGAUUCACAGUUUGUUUAAAUGCAACGAACUCGUGACAUAAUGUUGUUGGACGAUAAUUUUCAGACAAAACAAAAAGGAUGUAAAAUCGGAGGGGGUAUAUAACUAAAACUCAAUAUUCAUAUUACUGGAUGUAAAAAGGGGAAAAUAGAAUAUAAACGGACGCAUUCAUAAAAAAGCAAGUUUUUGGUUUAACAUCUGUUUAUUUUUUUAGUUUUAAUUUUUACGAAUCAUUCUGAAAUGAAAAUUUCAAGAAUAUAUAGCGUUGAACGGAAAUAAAAUCAUCCAUCAAAACUGA